UACCACCCCAUAUCAUCAUGUUUUCGCGUCGAGCAAUUGCUCUCUUCUCUAACAGUACUCGCCCCCAUCUCACCCCAAGUCUACACAAACUACCUCCCAUCGCUUCCCUUCAUUCAUCCUCAGCGUCUCGGGCAGACUCCAAACAUACCUCAGAAUCCUACAACAAGGACGUCGACGUUACACCUCCCGAUGAUUCCUCAAUCCACCGUGUCGAUCCAGGUUCAGGAAAUGUACAGAAACCCCACGAGCCUCCUGCAGGGAAAUAUAGCGAAACUGGGGUGGAUGCGGCUGAGUUGCAGUAUCAGCAUGUGAGCAAGUCGCACCCUUAUAAAGCCCCUGGACAAGACAGAAGGUAUGGCGGAAGGGAAGAAAAGCAAGCAGAAUCGAGCAAAGCUGAGGAUGGUCCAACUGGAAAAGCGAAGGACGGAAUGAAGCCUGAGGGAAGGUGAAUUUAAAAUCCUGGAUACCAAGAAACAAAAUAACUGAAUGUACCAGUUUUUGCAAUUUGGAGGGCAUGGGAAUAAUCAAAAUGCAUAUGACCCGUGUUGUACUCAUCUGGCGACUACUCAAUAAUCUCAAUCAAUCGUUCUGACACAUCGCGACUUGUGAAAACCCCUCAAUAAUAAAGUUUACCUUACUCCUUGUUAUAUGCGCGCUGACCCGGA